AUGAAACCAACUCAGCCGAUGCAAACUAGUCCUCUUGUACCUAUCGGACAAUAUGGCGUAUGGAAAGGGUGGUGGGGAAAUAUUGACGGUGAGAAGCAAAAGGGCAUAAUCACACACAGCAUUGUCCCAACUCGCUUGAAUAUUUUGGCCGAGGCUGGCCAUGGUGCCGUGUUCAAUGUUUGGCGACGCUCUUUGAGCCAGGUGUGGUUUUUCGGUCCAUCAAUGAUCGCAGCCGGUGCAUUGUGCAUUGGGAAGAUUAAAGGCAUGACUACACGUGUCAAUUGA